AUGACUGCAGAGGGCUUCCCGGGCUGCGUUGGAUUUAUCGACGGAACGGCAUUGCCGCUCUCACAACGCUCCGCUGUAGACGAAAGCAGCUACAGGGACCAAAAAAGAUACUCAGUGUCAAUGCAGGCUGUCUGUGACUGCGAUAAAUUAAUUAUUGCGACGGCUUUCCAACCCUUGAGAAUAUCGACGACACGCCCGAUCCAUUGCCGCUACCGGCUCAGCGCUACGACGCCUCCGGAGGAACAGGCUCAAGUUGAGACUUGGCCCGUGGCAUACCUCUCGGAUCUCAAGGAUACGGUGAAAGGUACCAAGUACCAAGUCGUCUGGAGGAAGCCUUAUGGCUACAAGGGGACGGAGAGCUGGGACCCCACCUGGGAUCCGAAGGAAUCGCUCAAGGAGGACAUCAUUGGCUAUGCUAUGCUCAUGGUGAAUAUGUGGGUGAUGGCUGGGCGUCCGGACGACUUUCUGCAGUGGGCGAGAAGGACAGUUCCGACGCUUAUUGACGCCAACGCAAGCUGA